AUGUGCGUGGUUGUCGUCUGGAAGAGCAUCAUUUAUUCUCCAAAGUCUGCACUCGCAUAUGCCACGGAGCUUCGAUCCGUCAUCAACGGGCUACUGCAGACGCACGACAAGGAGUGCGGAAUGGCUGGCCAUCGGUACUCGCGGCCAGCUGCAUAUUCAAGGCCCGUAAUCCUUGAGAGUCCCAGGACACGACACCGGACGUUGAGGAGACACGACUAUAAACGUUGGCUAGAAGCAAUUGCAAAGAUUCCUGCAGCCCCAGCUGAACAGGGAAGGCACAAGCGUGAUUUUGAGGUAUUGCAUGUGUUUCUGUGCGUUUCCACGGUAGCGAGCACGUUCAAUCUGAGUCCGACGGUCACGGGCGAGGUCGAUCAUGGUGUCAGAGCGGCAGUAUUCCCAACGAGUAGGAAGCGCCGCAAUCUGACUGAUCGGAAAUUCGACAAUCGCGCCUCGCCAGAGCGACGAAAGUCGGUUCUGUGUAACUCGUAUCCCUGUCGUAUCGUGGCACCUGCAUACUCUUCGAAGUGCGAUCCUAUGGCCAGGACAGGACCGAGAGACGCACGGCCCACUGAUGCCGUUCAAAUGUUGAUGUCUUUCACGUCAGCCUUCCUCGGCGGCCUCUGUGCUAAUCCUUCGAGAUUAUUCACGUCAGCCUUCCUCGGCGGCCUCUGUGCUAAUCCUUCGAGAUGUUUGCGCCACGCCAUGGACCCGAAGCCCGACCUCCUAUCAAGUGCGUACAGUAUGCAUAUUCCCCGUGUGACAAUGGGCAUAUCUUCUGCUCGGUACCAAGCCUGCAAUGAGUGGUGUACUGCAGACACGUAUGGUAGAACGGAGUUCGCAUCUUCAAAGUUGUGCGUUGCUCACUGCAGUACGUCCACCCAUUUCCCUCGACCUGCCACCUUCAGCCUCCACGCGGACCUAAUGUGCAACAAUCCACGAAGCAUUGCGCUGGAUCGCAUCCUCGCUCGACCACCUCGCGCUAUCCCCUCUGACACCGGCGUCUUUGGCGUGACCAGCGUCAACAAGUGGCCGCAAUUGUUUGCGGUCUUGUGUUGCGUGGCAUCCAACAACUACGGGUUGAACGAAGACCACGUCACCACGCGUUCAUUGUCCUCUGGCGCCGUGAGCUGUCCCGUCGGCGGACUAGUGGUUGCUAGUUGUGCUAGGUAUGAAUCGUGGUUCAUCCCGGCUCUGGGCACAGCUCUCUUGAAUCCGAUCCGUCCUCGUCCUGCAGGUAGACUCUUAUCAGAAAAGUCUAGCCAGGCCUCCGAUACCCUUCUCUCGGCUGGGAUGUCGGAUGAGAUAGUCGGGUCACUGCCUUCUUCUUCCAACCGCAUCAAGAACUUUCCCACCUUCCAAGCUGACCAGGAGGACCACAUGCACUCCUGCCUUGGGUGCGCGGCAGAGAUCGGCUAG